AUGAAGGCCAUGGAGGAUCAAGUAGUCCAAGAAGAACCAGGAUACCAGGAUGAUGAGGAAUCCUUUUUUCAGGAUAUUGACCUGCUACAGAAGCAUGGAAUUAACGUAGCAGAUAUUAAAAAACUGAAGUCAGUUGGGAUCUGCACGAUCAAAGGAAUCCAGAUGACCACAAGACGGGCACUGUGCAAUGUAAAAGGGCUUUCAGAGGCCAAAGUGGACAAGAUUAAAGAAGCCGCAAACAAGCUUAUUGAACCAGGCUUCCUGACUGCCUUUGAGUACAGUGAAAAACGGAAGAUGGUAUUUCAUAUUACUACUGGCAGCCACGAAUUUGAUAAACUUCUGGGUGGUGGGAUUGAAAGCAUGGCAAUCACUGAGGCCUUUGGAGAGUUCCGGACAGGCAAAACCCAGCUAUCUCACACCCUUUGUGUGACAGCGCAGCUUCCAGGACCAAACGGCUACACAGGUGGAAAGAUUAUCUUCAUUGAUACGGAAAACACUUUCCGACCAGACCGCCUUCGUGACAUCGCUGAUCGCUUCAAUGUUGACCACGACGCAGUACUUGACAACGUGCUGUACGCACGUGCAUAUACUAGUGAACAUCAGAUGGAAUUGCUUGACUAUGUAGCAGCCAAGUUCCAUGAAGAAGCUGGUAUCUUCAAGCUCUUGAUCAUCGACUCCAUAAUGGCACUUUUCCGUGUGGACUUCAGUGGUCGUGGAGAGUUGGCCGAACGACAACAGAAACUGGCUCAGAUGCUGUCAAGGCUCCAAAAAAUAUCAGAAGAAUAUAAUGUGGCCGUGUUUGUGACCAACCAGAUGACUGCUGAUCCAGGAGCAACUAUGACCUUUCAGGUGGACCCAAAAAAGCCCAUUGGGGGCCACAUCCUUGCUCAUGCUUCGACUACCAGGAUUAGCUUGAGGAAAGGGAGAGGGGAGCUGCGUAUUGCAAAGAUAUACGACAGCCCUGAGAUGCCUGAAAACGAAGCCACAUUUGCAAUAACUGCUGGAGGGAUUGGGGAUGCCAAAGAAUAG